UGCUGUCACUUGGAACGACAAGCAUUUUCAGAACGAUCUUUGUCACGAGUGUAAGCACUUAUUUCGUCGCGAGAGAUAACGAAUAUCGAUGAGAAAACGCGUAGUUUAUUAAUUUACGGUUUAAAAUUCUUCGCGAAAGUAAUGUAAUUGUAAUCGGUGUGAUAAAAUUAGCUAGUAUUGCAAGAAAUUAUCGGGAUGCAGUGAAGUUUUGAAAAGGCGCUACUGAAAGGGGCCCAGUUUCAUCACAACGAAAAGAUUGCAUAAACAUCAUUGUGGAUUGCAGAACAUUACGGAAUUUCUGUUAGCUAUCCUUUUUUCUGUUAGUUUUGCGGGGGGAAUUCUGGUCUGACAAUCCAUCGAAGAGACGUAAAAACCAAAUGCCAGCACCAGGUUAAAAAUGCUUCGGGAACUGAUAGCCUGGGUGCUCAAUAAUUACCUUGGAAAAUAUGUAGAAAAUUUGAACACGGCUCAAUUGACCAUCGCUCUUCUUUCCGGUCAGGUUGAGCUGGAAAAUUUGCCCCUACGAAAAGAUGCGCUGCGAUAUCUGGGUCUUCCGCUGCAAAUCGUUAGUGGUACUAUAGGGAAAGUCAAACUAACAGUUCCGGUUCGUGCGUUCCGAACUGCUUCAUGGUGUCUCAAUAUUGACGACGUAAAUGUAGUUUGUGGACCAAUCGAUUUGAAAGAAUGGAAUCCAGAAAUCGAACAGCAAACGGAACUCGAUUUCAAGAUAGCCUCUCUGGAUGGAUUGGAGGCGAAAUGGAGAGCGCAGAGAGAAACGCCCGUAACCGAAGGCAGCUAUUACGCAUCCUCAUAUUCCGGGUGGCUUAGUUACGGCACAUCGCUCGUGACCAAUAUAAUUGAAAAUUUGCAACUUUGCGUAAAUGGUAUCCACGUGCGUUACGAAGAUGGUUUGACAAUUCCCGAACAACAGUUUGCUUGCGGUGUGAAAAUCAACGCUCUAUCAGCACAAAGUUGUGAUUCAAACUGGGUGCCAGGGCAAACUUCCAACUGGAGUAAAGAACAGGUUACCUAUAAGUUGGUCGAACUCACCAACUUUUCUAUUUACUGGGAUCCAUUAGCUGAAGAGGAUCAGGUUUAUAUAAUCAAUCCAAUCAGCGUGCAAGCACAACUUCGGCGGGACAGAAGUGAAACGCCUUUGCGAACUCGCAGUCGUCCUCGGUUGGUUUGUGACCUUAUGUGGGAAGAGAUAAAGAUAACGUUGAGCGAUAUCCAAUACAAUCAAAUGAUGCAAUGCGUUCGCGGAUUAGACGACAUAGCACGGUACAGACGAUUUAAAUUGAACCGUCCAAACUGUUCAGUAGCGGAAAAUCCAAAAGCUUGGUGGCGAUAUGCAUUACGUUGCCACGGAUUGCUCCGCCACUCACAGAUGGAUCCCUUUGAGGUGGCUCGGGAAAACAUGCGUUAUAUUGUAGUUUACGGCCGUGUCGUGGCCAAUCCAAACGAGGUACUGUCCAGUGAAAACAAACAAUUCAAGGAUCGGAUUGAAAGAGAGCGAGAUUUUGACGAGUUGAAAUUGUUGAGGGAUAUUUGUAUGAUGCAAAUGCCAACGAUAGAUAAAAAUAGCCAGAUAACACAAGGCCGCAGUAUGUUAGUUCAUUACUUCCCGCAAUGGCUUGGUUGGUACAAUAAUGGAAACAGUAACCCAGCCAAUUUCGUAGCCGAGCCGAUUGAAGACUCCGUUCCCAGGUCUGAGGAAACUGCAGAGGAAAGUUUUGACCAGGACUCGGUUAGUAAUUUUGAAGAUGAGAUCUUGAAUGCUUUCGCCGAUUCUGUGGAUACCAAUUCGAUGCUGAAAAGAGAUGCUGUAUUUGGGAAGUUUAAUUUUCAUCUCAAGCGAGGCACGAUGGAUUUCUGUAGUGCACUGGAAAUGAUGCCCAAAUUGAAGUUUCAGUUCCAAAAUCUUAAAAUAGAUGUAGAGACACGGCCCCGUAGUGGUUCACAUUUUGUUAGUUUAUCUCUUGGAUCCAUUCUGAUUAAAGACCAUAUUACACCAAAUUCGCAGUUUCCUGAUUUAGUAAAACCACAGGGAAAGGAAGAAAUCACGCUUCUUGCCAAAUCGGCACCAGCACCAAAGAAAUCGCGAAGCUUAUCAUUGCAACAGACUACUAACGCUGAACCUAUUUUCGAGGUUCUAUAUGAACGCAAGCCUUUGUCUCAUGACACCGAUUAUCGAUUGAUUGUGAAAUCCCAGUCUUUGGAAAUUGUAUACAAUACAGAUGCAGUUAAAUGGUUGAUAGAUUUUCUCAGCAAACCCCAUCAGCAGUACGACACGAGAAGGAAAUUGGAAGACAUGAAAAACAAAACCAAACUAGAAUUAAUGCGAAACUGGAAGAAUAUACUCGAAGGUCACCUCAAUACUCGUAAAACGUGGACACUUGAGUUUGACAUAUUUGCUCCCCAAAUUAUCUUUGUUGAUAAUUUUGCAGAUCGUCAAAAUAGUACUAUUGUGGUUGUAGAUUUUGGACGACUCCAACUAACAAACGGAAGUCGAGCAUUGAACGGCCUUUCAACGAAUAAAACUGAAACACACGAAGCGUCCCCAGAAAAUAAAACGGAAAAUGACGAAGACGAUGCAUUUAUGACACCCUGUUCUACUCCACCUGGUUCGGAAGCUAGCACAACUCAUUCACCAACUCUGGCUUCAGCUUUUUCGGAAUUACCGGAGACGAACAUGGGAAAUUCAGACACUCUUGACGAGUACUCAUUGUAUCAAAAGUUAUACGAUCGGUAUCAAAUCUAUCUAACGGAUCUUCAAGUAUUAGUUUGUCGCGGGAAAGAGCGGUGGAACUUUGCCAGCACUAAAGGUACAUCCACCUUACAUGUGCUGGAUCGGUUUAGUAUAUGUUUACAAGUGGAGCGCCGGGUCGUUUAUACUAGUGACCCUCAAUAUCCUAGUUUAACACUCUCCGGCACUCUACCAAAACUGAAUGCGCACAUCAACGAAUACAAAAUAUCAACACUCUUAACACUUGUCAACACGCUUACCAAAACGGGACCAAUCAAAGAUUAUGAUGGCUUAGCUACGGCAGAAUCGAAACCAAAUAAUGAAAAUUCAUCACCCUUAUUGAGCAAUGAUGAAGACAGCUCAUUUACAACGGAUACCAGUUCUAUGUACAGAAAAGAAUCAGCGAACAUAAUUGUUUUUCAAUUCACCAUCGAUCAUAUGUCACUAGAGGUGCAAUCUCGUGGUCGAAGUGUUGCGGAACUGCAGGUUACCGGCGUUAAAGCGGGCUACAGUAAACGACCGGAAGAUAUCACACUAACCCUCUCAGUGCACGGAUUACUACUAGCCGAUGCGAUGCAAUCCUUCGGGCCGGACUUUGAGUUACUAAUUGCUAGUCAUCGGCAUGUAGGUAUGGACAGCUUAUCGGGUAGCCUACGGCAAAGCGAACCUUGUUCACCUUGCUCUCCGGGUUCUCCGGAUCCGAACGAUUCCCGUCGGCCAACUAGUCCCUUAACAAUUUCGAAGGCUCUGAAUAAUCUACAAAGAGAAGUAAUAUCUCCCACUUGGAACGCUGCACAAUCCGGUGAUUUAGACGCUCUCAUAACAGUGGAAAUCAUAUUUGUCAACAGUGAGAACGUCGGGGACAAUCUGCAGGUGGCCAAUAUUCAGUUUAAUAACUUGGACAUUAUAGCCAAUCAAGAAACUAUCGUUGAACUAAUUGGCUUUAUGAAACGUGUCAUUCCUAAAGCUCCCCCAAAGCCACCAGAACAGACUGGUCCGGUCCUAAAACCAGACGACAUGCAAGCUUCUACUAUUACUUUGGUUCCUCAAGAUCAGGAAACAGCGCAGGAUAAGACAGAUAUGAGUAAUUUUCCCGUCCGGACUGAAAUUACUUUUGACUUUCACCGUUUAAACGUGUUGAUAUUGAGAGCUUUGAUGCGGGACAACUACCUGGUUGGACGAAAAGUCGGCACUUUCACCAUGUCUGAGGCAAAGAUUCACGCAUCAUUGGGUUCUAAUAUCACGGUUGAAGGAUCUCUCGGUGGAUUGCAGGUGUUGGAUCUUACUCCUGAAGGCAUUAAUCACCAGCGAAUUCUUUCUGUGGGUAAAGAUCCGCUAACAGAUCCUCCGCCAAUAUCACAAGCACCGGAUUUAAUGACAUCGUUAACGCAAGAAGUGUAUGGUAGUGCCUCGAACAAACCUAAUUUAGAUGGUCUCCAUGAGCAACGUCAGGCAUUGUCUUUUUGUGUUUCGAAAGACUUGAAUGCUGUGAUCGACGUGCGUGUGAAAAUGGCUUCGGUUUGGCUCAUACACUGUGCACGUUUUAUGCAGGAACUCAACUGGUGUGCUACUGAAUUUAAGCAUUAUCUGAAAAAUUUAGCCCGUUCAAUUAGAGAUAAGGCUACGGAUAUGGCCCUCGGAUUUGUGCAAUCCAGGAGUGAUCUCACCAGUAGUCGCCCGGAGAGUAUUUACAGUUCACCCCGGAAAAUCGCAAGGAGACAACGAACUGUUUCGAUGUCCAAAACUCAGGAAGUGUUGCUGAACUCAGAGUAUACGUUAAGAGUGGACAUAACUUUGGAUACACCGGUUCUGAUCCUUCCUCGAUCCAGUAGCAGUCCGCAGGUUUUAGUAGCUCAUUUAGGAAAAAUUACAAUCGGUAACACCGAGACUACAACGGAUAGUCCAGAUAGUUCAACUAAAAUCAAUGUUGCGCCUGGGGUUAUUGAUGAAGAUUACAGUAUAGAUGAAAAAAUCUGUAAUUUAAGUGAUGUGGACGGUGUUUUCGAAGACCACUACCAAGAAAAGGAUUUCAGCCGAAUAAGGUUCGCCAAAGAAGAUUCAAUGGAAUUUAUUGAAAGCACUGCACAUAACUACGAUAUUUACAAAAUUGACAUAAAAAAUAUCAACCUAUACUCAUUGGAUACAUCCAACAGAAAAGGGUUAAGGUUCUCUGCAUUACCUCGCGCUGAGGAGUUCUAUUCAUGUCGGGAAAAUGCUUUCCCCAUUAUUCAUGAUACAAUAUUUUCGCUUGAAAUAUCUCGAGAUACCAACGACAUUGAGAAUGACGGGUUUAAAAUAUUUGGUUGCGUUGUUAAGCCUCUUAUACUCUCUUUGAAACGUCAACAAUAUGAGCAAUUACUGGAAACUAUUGAUAAUCUGUUCAAAAUACCAAAAGAUUUAGUUCGACCUCCUACAGAGACAUCUGUUCUAGAGAAAUAUCCUGAUAUCAUGGAAGAAUCUACUUUUAUAGCAGAUAAAGUUCGCAGAGGACUAUUAUAUCAAAACAGUUUCGAAGAAGCACCUGCUUCGAUCAAUGUGAAAGUCAACUUUGAGUUGCCUGCAUUCAUAGUUCAACUGAAUGAAGCCCGUAAUGAACCACAAAUUCAAAUAUCUUUCCGUGAUUUUUUCGUCGAGUUCGAAAAGUGCAAUACUUAUGAAACACAUGUUAAAAUAUCUUUACGAUCCCUUAUGAUGGAAGAUCUUCAACGGCCGGAUAUGAGCAAAAAUCGAUAUAUGGUCGUAUCUUCAUCCCAAAAUGAGCAACUUGGACGUCCAACAUCUUCAUUUGCAUCACAUUCGUGUCCCAAUUUGGUCGGUCUGCUAUCGAACUAUGAAAAUCUUCCGAAUUCUCUUCCCAAUAAUUUGCAAGAUAAAUCUGGAUUUUUCUUUCUCACGGCCAAUAAGUCCCUUUGUCCGGAUACACCACCACCUUCGCCAUCGGUUCAUCAGCGGCAACCCACAAUCACUAGCUCAGAAGAAGCUAAUUUAGUUUUGUAUACAUCAAUUAUUGUAGAUCCAGCUUGUCCUUCGUUUGCUACACAAUUUAACUCACUUCAGCAAUCUAGUACAAUCGAUUUCAAUAGUUUGGAUCUGAUCAUAUCCGUCGAAAGUUGGUAUCUUCUGCUUAAUUUCUUUGGGCUGCUAGACAACUCGGAAGAUUUUGCCAACUCAAACUCUCAAAAAACAUCAACCGAACAAAGCGAUCAAGAAAAGGUUCUCCCGCAUGGCCAUUCUAAAUUAGAAAUUUCGGUACGUUCACUUUCACUUGUGCUGGCUAAAGCUGACUACGAGAUUGCCAAAGCAAAUGUGUCCAACGCUCAAUUUACGAUAAGCAAAAGAAAUCAUGCUAAACAAGUUGAAGGUCGCCUUGGGUCUAUAACGCUGAGUGACCUAACACCCUACGGCUUUAUAUAUCGAGAAAAAUUCAUGACUACGGGAAACGAAGCAUUAAGUUUUGUUUAUGUGCGCGAUGAAGUCAAAUCCAAUACACGUGGUCUACAUAAAGAUGCUCUUUUGCGGAUCGAAAUGUCAUCAGUUCGGUUUGUUCAUACCAAACGUUUUAUUUCGGAAAUUCAACUAUUUUUCAAGGAGUUUUCACAAUUACAAACGCCUGUUCUUCGUAAAAUCAAAACCAGUGAUAUGAAGAUGCGAUUUGAUCAACGACCUACUCAGCUGGGCUUAGAGAUAAACGCUGGUGCUCCGAUUCUGAUACUUCCGAUGGCAUUCAACAGUGAACAAGUGAUUGUUGCUGAUUUGGGAGAAUUCACUUUGAAGAACGACUUUAAAAUGAGUGAUGAUGCGGGAGUUAUAAGCAUAUCUAGCAAUUCGAUUGUGCCCGAGGUUUUAGAUGUGAUGUACGUAGAUUUACUGAAUACCAACAUUUUCGCCGCAAGACAUGUUAUCAAACCUCAUAAGCAUCCUCCCGGAAUGGCGGCUCAGUUGGAUAAAUGUGCUGUCGAUAUGAAAAACUAUUGGCUGGUUAAACAAGGUCCUAGUUUGCUUAAAGAGAAAUGCCAUCUGAAAUUGCAGGUUGAACGGAAUAUGGACUCAUGGAGCAGUCACUAUGGUAAGUGAAAAUUUGUCUAAGGUUUUUGGUUCUCGUCUACAGCGAAGCUAAAAAAAAAUCAGCAUAUUUUUAUAACAAUUUCCAUUGUUUUAAAGGGUUAUGAAUUGAGUGUAAAUAUUUAGUUUUAAUACUCCACUUUGCGCCAAGCAAAACUCCCUAAUUUUCAGUUCCAAAGUUAAGCCGGAGUCCCAAUUUUAUGGAUUACAUUAGGUUCGCAAUUGUUCAAUCAAAUAUGUUCUCCCAUUUGGGGCGUAGAAUAAUUCGUUAUCAAAAUACUGGUAGAUCUGACCUGCUUGUUCUUCACGGCACUAAAGAAAUCCUCUCUCGGCGGCUGUUCCGUUGCAAUCGAUGGCGCGCUAGGUGACUCGGCUACGUUGGUGCACUUGAAAGCGCUGAAUUCGGACUUUUCCUAAUUCGUCGGCGGCUAAUUUUGAACUUAGCCCGUUGCUAGCGCAAGUCUUGAUGUUGGGUUCUCACAUUCGUUAACGUUAUUGACACUUUAUGUUGUCACACCAUGUUGUCACCUAUCUUCGUAAUGUGCCGAAAAAGGGUCACCCGCUGUCCCAGCAGCGUGGUCUUCUCGUGAUGCGCCUUGAGUUCCAUCCACGUUUCCCUCGCCGUCAACAUGACACAAAUCGGCGCAUAUUGGCUCUCAUUCAGCAUCAGCUGAAUCGUGGCCAACGUUUGCUCGUCGCCGUCCUCCCACGCUUCGGUCAUCGGUUGGGGGGGAGUUCCUGGUUCUACGUGUUUCCAGAGCUGCUCCCGCCGCAACAACGCUUAUAACGACCAUGAUUGGUAGUUCGAAUUGCUCAAUUUGAAAAUUUUUGCCCACUCCAUCGCUUCUCGGCAAAAUGACUAAACUCUUUCUGUUUUACCGAUCAGAGGCUUCCACCUGGGCCCAUAACCUGUUAGAGGUUCAGGUACAAUGGGAAUACUCGGGGAUAAAUAACAACAACCAAUCUGUUUGACGAUACUGUUGAGACUUCCGGAAUCGAAAACGCAGGCAAACCCACUAACUUCUGAUAGCGGUAUUUUACAGUUUAUUACAGCUUCAAAACUGAAAGCGAGGUUAAUUUCAGUGGCUGGUUUCGAAUUACAAAUUAAAAGAAAACUUACAUUUUAGUGCGAUAAAUACUUUUAAGCCUACGAAUCGCUUUACGGAUUGAGUUUCGGCCUAUCGUGUGACCUUGUGAAAAUUGCCUUCUGAAGAAUACUUCAUCAGAUAUUUCUACUUUCCGCUAAGGAGAAGGAGGAAAGCUUUCACUUAUUCCGGGCCCUAAUGGUUUUAAUCGGCGUUCGAUAGUGGUCAAAAAGGAAUCCUGGUGGAACAACCAUUAGACAACAACAACAAUUAAUAAAAACACCUCUAGCUAAACAAUUAUAAACUUACGACAAUCUUCUCUUGAUACCAAUAACGGUAAGGUGUCCCAAAAAUGGAGAAACUUGUGAGCUAGCUAAUUUUGGCAAACAAAAGCGGCACUUAUACUUUUGGCGAUUGAACUGACGCGCACUUUUGUCCGGCAAACUCUGAACUACGAUAGCCGAGUGAAAAAAAAACUGUUUUUCAUCGUCAGCAGCACAGGGUGAUUCGUCAUCUUUCGACCGGUGACAGCAGGGUUGCUAGUCGCGCCGACAUCCUCCCCCGGGUGCAUCUCAGCGGUCUCUGAGACUGCACUAUUCUCUGCUAUCCAUGUCCAACACUGUUGUACAGGCCUUGCGCCGUUGCGGAUCCUUAGGUCCAGGAUCGAGACCAAGCUGCUAAUUUCGAUCGGUUCCAUCCUUUGGAACCAGUUGUCCUGAAGUCGUAGAGAGUGAAGGUAUUCCUUUGCCGAGCGUCCCCACAGGAUAUCGAGCUCCUAUAGUAGGAGACCCCAUGUCUUCCGGAGAUUUCGUUGGUUUUUUAUUGAAACCGUGAAUUGUUUGGAAUAGUUCGAACACUCCAAAAAUAAAUCGUUUGAAAUUGAAGUUUCGAAGCGGAUGAUUCGAAGGGAAGGUAAUUCAGAGGCCUUGUAUUGAUUAUGCUUUCAGCCUCCACUACUAAUUUAUUGAACCCCCCGUGAUCUAGUUUGUCCUCAGAGUACCCAUCUUGAAUUGCCAACUUGAUUAACUUCACCAGUCUCACCCACACGCCCCCUAGGUGUGGUGCCCCCAGAUGAUUAAACUUCCACUCGACGUUCGUGAAAGUGUUAAAGAGCCCUUGGUUGAUCUGCUGCUGAAGUAAUCUUGACGCCCCAACGUAGUUCGUCCCGAAGCUGCUGAAGAAUUUAACCGAUGCACCGCGGCGUUCCACAAACCGCCCGAAUGCAAGAUCACAGAAAGUUGCGGAGUAUGAGGACACCGCCUCAAAAUGCAUGGCAUACAGCUUCGGAUAAUAUAUUGAGUCACGAUACGGAGGCCAGAACGGGAGUACAGUUUCUGUGGUAGAAUCUCUGGAAAUUGGGUGUCGCAAGAAAUCAUUUCUGGCUUACAAAUUUUGCUACUAUUCCGGAACUCUACUUUUUCGUUGAGAAAUGGUACACGUCGAGUGAGCAAACUUUUUUCCGGAGUGUUAUCGCCUUCUUGGAAAGCAGCGAUCUCCCCCGGGUAGACAUCCAACUGGAGCUGCUCAUACAUGGUCUUCAUCGCCGUUGUCAGUUUCGGAUUUUCAUUCAGAUUCUCUUCACAGGACAUUCUCCUUUCGGGGCAUUCCAAGCGCCGCUUGGCCAUGCCGUAGCUAACCGGGAGGACUACAUCGUCAUGUACCUUCAGUGGACCUGUCCCGAAGCGAUCACCAGCAUACUUCGUGGUCUGCUCCAGAAUUGCUAGUGCCUGCGUAUCUUCUUCUGAUUGAGGCUUCGAUAUCGCUGCUUCAACGUCGUCAAUAAUGAACAUCUGUUUCACAAGAGUAUUGAGGGAUUCAUUUGGUUUACUCUUGCGAGUGUAAGAGUUAAAGGAUGUACUACUGUUUCCACGACGUCCACCAUAAAACGCACCAUCCAAGCCGGGUCUUUGUUGCAAUUGGCCCGAAUUCAUCUCCUUCUUUUAUUCUUAAGGGCUCCGUCAGACAAAGGUUGUCUAUUCCGAUGAGAAUCUUUGGCUCGGCGUUAUUGUAGCUGGCUAACGGAACUCUACGGAGAUAAUCGUACUUCAACGCUGCCGCCUCCGCCUGGAAACUCUGCUUCGGUAAGUUCAGGCAUCUUACAGUCCGAGCGUUUGGUAUGACGUACCGCUUUCCUUCAUCGGAACCCGAAAUCUCAAUGCUCACUAUGCGCGAAUCGUGCUCCAUUCGCGAAGCAUUUCCUGUCCAGUGCCCCAGGUUAUGCCCUUUUCCGGCGACGAAUGUAGCAUAGGGUGAUGUCGAUAGUCGCAGCCUUCGAUGUCGCACUUGAUGCCGCUUCGGCAAGGGCGCCUUCCAUGGUUACACAAACACAAAAAGCAAAGACGCGAUUCUCGAGCAAAAGUCCAACGUUCUGACACAGUAAAUGCUUUAAACUUAUAACACUGGUAAACACUGUGACCACUCUUCUCGCAGCAAACACACUUCACUACCGCUUCGGAGUCCUUCUGCUACCCUGGGUCAUGCUUUUCGGGUGAUGAAAAGUGAGAGUUCACAAACCCUCUGAAUUUAGCUUUCUCACGAUUGGCUGCCUUAUACUGUUCAGAUUUGAAAGGAACUACACUCGCUGCAUCCCGAACUAUUUCUGCCAUAUAAUCUCCAAAGGUUCUCAAAUUAACCACCGGUAGUUUACGACGAUAGGUAGCCCACAAAAACUUUUGAUCAUCCGGAAAUUUAGCAAUCAACUCUUGAAUCAGUUGAGGAUUGCAUAGCUGGUCAUACUGGUGCUUGUACAGCCGUUCCGUAUUCUAUCAACCCUUCCAACUUGUCCACCCGUUGCACCGGAAUCGCACGCACCUUCUGCAGUAGGUUGUUGAUCAACAGGUCUGGCCUCCCGUACCGCAAUCGCAACGUUUCGAUGACAUGAGGUAUUGUGGCCGGAAGUACUAAGUUGCUUCUCACCACCUCCAGGGCUUGUCCUUUCAAGCAUCGUUGUAGACGCAGCAUGUUCUGACCAUUCGCAAACCGUACACCGCCGUUGUGUAGUCGUAUUGCGGUUACUGGGAAAAUUUCUAAUCGCGCGACGGUAGCCUUCCGUGCGGUAGGCUAGCCGGAGCAGUAAACACAGUUAAAAAAUUCACUCUUACUCACUAAUUUCAUUGAAAAGUUAAGAAGUAAAUUCUUGAAUCAAUCUUCAAAUCAUUAUUUUGCAAGAGAGGACAAAACAUGAAGUCAUCGGAAUGAAAUAUUAUUAUUCCACAGAGAACAGACGUACAAGCUCGAACAAAAAACCGUAAAAAAAGUGUGUAAAAUUUCAAAACCAAAACCAAAAAAAUACGUUAGAAACUGACUGCAAACAAUGCCACCUAUUGCGCCAUUCAAGAGUUACAAAUCAACUUUAAAGUGCCCAGUUUUCUAAAAGGCGUAAUCGUAGCCAAAAAACAAAAAUUAAUUCAAAAGGGUGUUGGGAUUUUUACACAAGUUUCGUGGGCUAGCUUUUACGUCUGUUCUCUGUGUAUUAUUCUUAGUAUUCAUUGAGAUUGAAUUAAUUACGAGCGUUAAAAUCCCAGACAAAACAAAAAACAAUCUACAUUAUUGAAAACACAUUUUUCCAUAGCCUGAGAAUUAACUAAUUUGGCAUGACGAAGAUUUUUGAUGCGAUAAAUGCGUCUUUGAUACUUUAAAUGCUGGUCGAAUUCAAUUUUGUUGUCGUUAAAAUGUAACAAAUCGUAUAUGAGAAGUUAAAAAAAAGGAGUCGCAAAAUCGCAAAAAAUAGAACUGCGCACUCAUAACUGCGAAAUUUGUGCGAUCUGUCAAAUCAGUAUAAAAUCUGACAGUUUUAUACACGCUAACCGCUUUUCAGUUAAACUUUAUACGGAUAACUCCGACUGCAAAACAUAGCACGAAAUCCAAUAUUCAAUGAAUGAUCGCUACCGUGUCGUUGAACUCUAAACUUAUUUAAACAACUACAGGUUUUCAUUUUUUUUUCAUGAAUUUGUCCGCUGGUUGACCCCAUCGCAAACAGUUUUUUUUUUUUAUUAUUCAUUUUUCCGUGAUUUUGACCGCUAAUUGACCAAGCUCAAGGCAAACACAAUUUUUUGUUUUAUAAACAAUAGAUAAUCCGAUAAUAAUAUUUGGUAUACAUGUUUGUUUGACAACUUUUUAUUAAAUCAUCUUUCAAUGUUUUCCGCUUGUUCAUCCGAU